CCCCCCAUCGCAUCGCAGCCUUCGACCGUGCUUCCAUUUGCCGUUUUCCUCCGGCCGAUUGCUCCUCCCGCCGGCCGAAACGGUUCCCCCGGCGGAAGUAAAAUCGCGGCCUUUUUCCCCGGGAAAAUUCGACUCCUUUUGUCCGAGGAAUCGUCCCAUCUCGCCGGAAAGAGAUCUGGGUCCUUGAGAAGCGGCCUCGGUUCCGGCGAAUUUGGUCGCGCUCCCUGAACUCCCGCCCGAAACCCUAGAAAUCCGCCCCCGCACUUCCGCCCACCCAGAUGCCCAUGGCCGUCCCGACGGUGGCUCUGUACGCCAGCCCGCCCAGCAGCGUCUGCUCGACGUCGCACCAGAUCAACGCGCACGUCUCGUGCGACUUCGAAUUCAGCUCCAGAUCGUCGCCGUCCGCCGCCUCGUCGGCCGCUUCCUCGGCUCAGAAGCCGACCGUCGGGGGUCUCUCGUGCCUCUUCGCCUCGCCGACGCCGCCCCCCACGGUGGUGAAGCACUCGUCGUCGUCGUCGUCGUCGAGCUUCGCCGCUGGGGGCGGUGAUGAAUUGGGGAGGCAAGAGAGGGGCGAGGAAUUUAGAGAGCUGAGUAGCUCUUUGAGCAGCUCCUUUCGCUACGCGCCGAGUAAAUUUGUGGGUUCGUGGAAGCGGGAUCAUCAGAGCCCGGUCUCGGUUCUUCACGGACCUGUUUCGUGUAGUAGCAAUAGCUGUAGUGGAAACGGCAGUGCAAAGAGCUUCCCAGCGAGAACUUCGCGUGAUAGGAAUGACGUUGAUGUGCUAGGCUCGAUUCGAAGGGGUUAUAAUGGGCUGUUCAGUGGGUUUGUCCGGAGGGCAGUGGCUUCUUGUGUGGAGCUAGAAAUGCCGGCGGUUGAGGUGCGUGGUGAUAGUGGUGGAGCUGCUGAUGUGGAGGAAUUGACGUUUAAUUUGGAGGAUUGCUUUGUGGAGAGUGAUCUCGAGCCGUAUGCAACGGAGUUGUUGGUGAAUGCACAGUUGAGGCAUAAGAUCUUCUGCGACGAGUUUGUCAUUAAGGCGUUCUAUGAGGCUGAAAAGGCACAUAGAGGGCAGAUGCGUGCCAGUGGCGAUCCAUAUUUGCAGCAUUGCGUUGAAACAGCUGUGUCACUGGCACUAAUCGGUGCUAAUUCUACCAUGGUUGCCGCGGGGCUGUUGCAUGACACCCUUGACGAUACCUUCAUGAGUUAUGACUAUGUACUGAGGAACUUUGGAGCUGGUGUGGCCGACUUAAUUGUAGGGGUAUCAAAGCUAAGCCAACUUAGCCAACUUGCACGUGAAAACAAUACAGCGAGCAAGACUGUUGAGGCAGAUCGACUUCAUACCAUGUUCUUAGCCAUGGCAGAUGCCAGGGCUGUCCUCAUAAAAUUGGCGGAUAGACUUCAUAAUAUGGCAACUCUGGAUGCAUUGCCUUUGGUCAAGCAACAACGGUUUGCUAAGGAGACGAUGGAGAUAUUUGUACCCUUGGCCAAUCGUUUGGGGGUCUAUACUUGGAAGGAGCAGCUAGAGAAUUUGUGCUUUAAGCAUCUCAACCCGGACAUGCACAAACAAUUAUCGUCGCAGCUUCUUGAGUCCUUUGACGAAGCGAUGAUUGCAUCUGCUAUUGAGAAAUUAGAGCUAGCUCUCAAGGAUAAGGCCAUUUCUCACCACUCAUUAUCAGGAAGGCACAAAAGCUUAUAUAGCAUAUAUAGCAAAAUGUUAAAGAAGAAGCUUACAAUGGAUGAAAUCCAUGAUAUACAUGGUUUACGGUUAAUUGUUGAAAAUGAAGAGGACUGUUACGAAGCACUGAGAAUUGUCCAAAGUUUGUGGCCUGAAGUUUCUGGAAGAUCAAAAGACUACAUUGCCCAUCCAAAGCUUAAUGGGUAUCAAUCACUUCAUACUGUAGUGAUGGGUGAUGGGAUGAUUCCCCUUGAAAUUCAAAUCCGAACAAAAGCAAUGCAUUUGCAGGCUGAAUUUGGAUUUGCUGCUCAUUGGAGAUAUAAAGAAGGUGAGAGUAAGCACUCUGCUUUCGUGCUUCAGAUGGUUGAGUGGGCUCGAUGGGUUGUUAGCUGGCAGUGUGAGGCAAUGAGAAAUGAUCAGUCAUCAAUUGGCCAUGUUGAUUCUGUCAAGCCAAGCUGCACAUUCCCAACUCACUCAGAAGAUUGUCCAUUCUCAUACAAGCCUCUCGCUGAUCAGGAUAGGCCCAUCUUUAUCAUUAUGAUUGAAAAUGAUAAGAUGUCGGUCCAAGAGUUUCCCCCGGACUCUACAGUCAUGGAUUUGUUGGAAAGGGCUGGGAUGGGGAGCUCAAAAUGGACACCUUACAGGUUCCCUCUCAAGGAAGAACUGAGGCCGAGGUUGAAUCGCGAGCCUGUUGGUGAGCCUAUGUGCAAGUUGAAGAUGGGGGAUGUCGUGGAAUUGACUCCUGCAUUACCCAAUAAGUCAUUGACGGAGUAUAGGGAAGAGAUCCAGCGAAUGUAUGAUCACGGCCUUGCCGUAUCGAGGCCGGGGCGGUCUACUAGCACUUCGGUUGGCUGGAGGAGUUGACCCGGUUGAGACAAUUCCUUUGUGAUUUUAUUAUUUGUCAAAAUCAGGUGCGCUUGUAAAUAUGUAUGUAUAUAUAGGACAGGACUCUCGUUUUGUAAGGAUAAGUUAUUUGGACUCUCGUUCUGCCUGGAAAAGUUAUUUUCUUUCUC